CGGAUACAAACUGAACAAUAAUUUUUUUCAAUGAUAUAGGGGAUGUUAUAAAGAUGGCUUUUCAGACUCCUGGAACUGGACAAGAAAAUAGGAACAGGAGGAUAUUGGAGCAUUUAGAAGAACAAAAAAGACGUCUUCGAGGUGGUCAUGGUGGAUCAGUGAGUAACCCUAUUCCUAACAGUGCCCCUUCAGUCACACCACCUGUAUCCCUGCCAGGAAAUAUCAGUUUGGUAAUGGAGACUCAGCAUAUGACACCUGCCCAGAGGACGGCCUUACAGCAUGCCAAUGCCCAUUCAGUAGGCUACUUCAUCACACAGGACUCUUCAUUUGGCAACCUAAUAUUACCUGUUUUACCUAGAUUUAAUGAGAAAUAGCACUUGCCAAACUUUGUUAUCAUUGUAAAUAUCAUUGUGAACAUUUUAAAUAAAUCGUGUUAUGAUAAAAUGGACUAUUUGUUUGAGUGAAGCUUAUCUUUCUUUUCACCUCUAAUUAUAAUAAAAGUAUAGUCAAGCCU